UAGUAGGAUCUACAAUCUACUCUGCGAGAACAAAUGACGCUUUGCAUUUAUGUCAUGAUCUGUUGACAGUUGUGACAGGUGCGGUGGCGACCAACUGGGUUUACAGAACAACAAAUAUACAAUAAAUGUACUAACGUUAGUAUUUUAGUUUAGUUUACAGUCACUAUGCAGAGUGGCACCUUUUUCAAUGAGGUACGGUCAGAGAUUAAUAGAUCCAUCUGUGUUAAGGUCCUCCUAACAGUAUACGCUGAUGAAGACAGCUUGUCGGUCGGAACGUUGGAUAUUAGGUUAUUAAAUUAUUGAGUCUGCGCUAGAGUGUGCAGCUCUCCUUUUCUUUUUCAAAGGUCCUCCUAACAACCAUUGCAAAGCUACGUUCGAUCUGUAUCAGAUCAGCGUCAACUGAAGUGAAAUGGGCAUUUUACUUUCCAUAAUAAAAUGUUACUCUAAAGUAUCUUAAGAAGAUAGAAGCUAAUAAAUAUGUUUUAUGUUUGCUGUAUAUUGUACAGGCUGUAAAUGUGUCUGUACAUUUGUCUAUUGCUGGCAGCACCAAUUCAUUGAGUCAAAUUCUGUGAAUGUAGGCCACUUGGCCAAUAAAAGUUAUUUUGAUUCUGAUAGACAGUAACGUUAAUUCGAAUGUCCUAGCCUCUUCCCAUAUCCCAUACAAUCACGCGUCAGUGGCCCAGGGAGCGUGGGAGAAAGAUAACCCUAUGUUUUCUCAAUAAAAAAAAAACAUGUGCAUUGGCAAGAACCUAGUUAUUUUGUAUAUUUUAUGAAAUAAGAAUAACUCUGAAUUGACGGUCAUUUCAUUUUGUAAAUUUUUUUCAACAUUUUGGUGUGUGUGAUUUGUUGGCUAUUUACGCUGGUAACGCGUAGUCAGGCGCAUCAUAAUUUGGUUUAUGACAUCACAAUGUGAAAUAGGCAACAUAUUUUGAUGUUCUGCAAAAUAAGGCAUAGUCUACAAAUACACUGAAAUGGGAUGUUUGUGUUGCUGUAAAAAGGUAUAUGUCUAUUCUGGGCUAGAAUUUAUCUAAUUCUGUUACAAUUUAGAGUAGAUUCUAUUCUUUUCAGCUAUUCAAGUUCAAAUGUAACAAGUUCAAAUGUAACAAGCUCUGUUGUGAAGCAAGAAAUAUAUUUUAAUAUACAUUUUUAUGUACUAUAUUAGCUACAUAAUGUUUCUCCAAACAGAAAAAGAAGUGCAGAGUUCGCCUCGGGAUUGGGAGCAGCUGCCCAUCGCCGUUCCCAAUCCCACCCAAACUGACACCAUCGGAUGCCAGCAUGGUAACUGCAUCAGUUUGGAAAAAUCGGGAGAAGAAGAGCGUAAAGGAUCACCACCAACUUGAUUCUUCCUUUCCCUCUUUUUUCCAUUUGAAACCGUCUACAACAUCUCUGACGCCCCUCGACCCCUUGUCUGGCCGAACACCAAUUGGCACUCCAUCCCCCUCUCCCCUCUCACCCCCCGGAUCCCCUGCCAGAUCCCCUUCCACUCUCUCCAAGUUCUUCAGCCUCUCUUCCCUCUCCUCUCUCCACAUGUCAUCUCUCUCUUCCUCUUCUUCUUCUUCAGAGGAGGGAUCACAGACCUCCUCCCAUUUUAGUGCUUCCUGUGUUCCCCUGGCUGUCUCAACUCAGUCAUCCUCCUCUGCCACUCCCCCCAGUCCUGCCUGCCCUUCCUCCCCAACCCACGUCUCCUCCCCUGCCCCCCAGUCCUCCUCUCCAAACCCCCUUGACCACCAUGGAGAGACCAACAAAGACAGUGAGACUGCCAGAGAUCUUAUGAGUUCCGAGGUCAAAGAGGUGGGGGCAGUUCUUCCACAAACAAAGAGAAUGGUACCCCUAUUUGCUGGCAUCGCAGGUCUGUAAACGGGUGCCAUUUGUUGGUGCUAUUUUUCUCAAUUCAUCUUUGACAAAUCUUCUCUUUUACCGCUGUCCGUCUCUUGGUCUCUCUCUGCAGAGGCCUCCAUUGACCAGAGGGCUUCCUCUGUCUCCUUGGAGAGGCCAUUGGUCAGGUCUCGGGACGCCAUGGCCCGCCUCCGCAACCUGUUCAGUAAGAGUAGCACCCAGCUGGGGGAGCAGAGCUGCACAGGCGAGGGUGAAGACAACACCAAGCUCCUCGGGUUGCCUAAUAUUGGCAACACCUGCUUCAUGAACUCUGCUCUGCAGUGCCUGCUGGGGCUGCCAGCAUUUUGUAGAGACAUCCUGAGACAGCAGAACACCUGGAGUUCCUACGCCUCCUCUAAACUGCUAUGCUGCUUUGCUGAGUUACAUCAGGCCAGGCUUUCUGGAGGCACUGUCAAUGCUAAGAAAAAGGAAAAGAAGAAAAUCCUUCAAACAGUCAAGCGCUGUCUCUCUGUUGUCAAUGAGGACUAUGAGGACGACGAUGAACAGGAUGCCCAUGAAUGUGUGGUGCUCCUCCUCUUUCAGCUGAAGGAGGAGGGUAUGGCAUUAAAGGGCUCACCAGAGCCAUACACCUGCCCCGUGAAGCAGUUAGAAUUCAAGCUGAAGACUUCCCGUACCUGCACCAGCUGUGGAGUUAUAGUGUAUGGUCAGGAGGAUUACAAUCACUUGUCACUGAGCCUGAGCCAUUACCUGACACACAGCCUGGACCUCUACUUUAAGCCAUCUGCGUUAGAGUGUGCAUGCAGGGUGUGCUCAGGCAGCAUGGCAUCUGUGACUAGGCACUUCCUCACGCUGCCCCGGGUCCUAAUGCUUCAUAUUAAGCGGUUUACUGCAGGCAACUGGGAGCCAGAGAAGGUGGACGAUCCCAUGUCCAUCCCUGCAGAACUGACCCUCCCAGCCCUAUGUGGGGAGACAGCCCCUGUCCAGCAUGGAGCCAGGGCAAGCUCACUGGGGAACAACAACAUGGACAACACAUCUGCAAACUCCCCGAAAGGCACCCUUGAUAAACCAGAGACACCAGCCAGACAAUAUCUACAAAUUGUCAAGUGUGAUCUCACAUCUGGGAGACAACAUGUAUACAGGCCACUACAUCAGUGAUGUUUUGGACAGCCGUGGCAGUGGGUGGCUCUGCCUGGAUGACGCACGUGUCUUGAGGACAGAUGAGGCCACUGUGCUGAGGGCGAGGGCACAGACUGCCUACAUCCUGUUCUAUGUCUGCAGUGGAGCAGGGGAAGGAGACCAGGCCCCUCAGGACCAGGAGAACCCAUCAUAAAACUCAGGGAGAUGCACAGAGCCCAGGGACCACCUGGAGUAACACCUACCACAAUACCAAGAAACAUCAGAUUCAUCGAAUUAGGCUGCCCUAGACCACCAUCAAGCAGCCCUAGACCACGAUCAAGCUGCCCUACACCACCAUCAAGCUGCCCUACACCACCAUCAGGCUGCCCUACACCACCAUCAAGCAGCCCUACACCACCAUCAAGCUGCCCUACACCACCAUCAAGCUGCCCUAUACCACCAUCAAGCUGCCCUAGACCACCAUCAGGCUGCCCUACACCACCAUCAAGCUGCCCUACACCACCAUCAAGCUGCCCUACACCACCAUCAAGCUGCCCUACACCACCAUCAAGUUGCCCUACACCACCAUCAAGCUGCCCUACACCACCAUCAAGCUGCCCUACACCACCAUUAAGCUGCCCUAGACCACCAGGGAAUAAAGCUGCAUGAGACCACCACCAGGCUGCCCCAGACCACCAGGACAUCAGGCUGCCCUAGACCACCAGGCUGCCCUAGACCACCUGGACAUCAGGCUGCCCUAGACCACCAGAGGAAACAGCCUACACCACAAAGCAUGUACCCACUGUAGGCUAUCUACUGUAUGUUUACAAUUAUAUAAAUAUAAAACAUC